GAAAGAGGACAUGAAAAAUAAUUGAACAAAUCUCGCUUCUUCCGGCGAGAGACGCGGUCGUUCAAACAAGUACACGGCCGCUGGGCAAGUUCGCGGAAAGCCGGUCGGUCAUGGAGGCGAUGAGGCACGCCUCCACUUUCCUUCGCUUUCCUGCGCCGCCCGACAUCAGCUCGCCUUCCUACGCGCUCGUCGUUCUAAACCAGCGCCUCCCUCGAUUCGCGCCCGUACUUUGGAGCCACGCAAAGCUCCGUGUUUUUGCCGAUGGAGGGGCGAAUCGCGUGUAUGACGGCAUGCCCAAUUUAUUCCCCGAGAUAGAUCCGAUGGAAGUGCGGCACAGGUACAAACCAGACAUAAUUAGGGGUGACAUGGACUCAAUAAGACCAGAAGUGAAGGAAUUCUAUGUUAACAUGGGUGUCAAAGUAGAGGAUGUAUCAUAUGACCAGGACACCACAGAUCUACACAAAUGUGUUAAUUAUGUUUGUGAUUCCAUGGACGAAUUGGCUAAGUCAAAUCUGACUGAAGCCACAUACUCAUCACAGUUUUGCAUUUUAAUUGCUGGAGCUCUUGGCGGAAGAUUUGAUCAUGAAGCUGGAAACAUCAACGUAUUGUACAAGUUCUCAAACAUACGAAUCAUUCUUCUUUCAGAUGAUUGUUUGAUCCAACUUCUUCCAAAGACGCAUUGUCAUGAGAUCCACAUCCAGUCAUCAGUCGAAGGCCCACAUUGUGGAUUGGUUCCUAUCGGUGCACCAUCAGCCAGCACCACUACCACUGGUCUGCAAUGGGAUUUGAUUGACACAGGAAUGAGCUUUGGUGGUUUGAUAAGCACUUCAAACAUUGUGCGCGAAGACAGGAUUACUGUCAAGUCUGAUACAGAUCUUCUUUGGACUAUAUCUAUUAAAAAGGAUUUUUGAGAGACAUCUUAUGAAUGCUGUUUUUCCGGUGAUUAUAGUUUUUCGAUAUCAUCGAUCAAUCAUAGCUCAGUCUGGCCUUGGUUUACAA